UUGGCCGACGAGCGCGACAUUUAUGGUCGGUCUCAAUGGAGCGCACUGUCCAACAACGACCGCCCGGUGCGACAGCAACUCAUCUAUAACGUCAACCCGGUGUACGACGUGUCGGCCAUUCGUUGGCACGACUGGAAACUCAUGCAAAACUCGCCGUUGGCUCUGACCGCCUACCGGUCGGCGCCGGUGGCCUAUUCAACCAACGCCUCAACUAAGGGCCAGUCGUUCAAAAGGCGGCAGACUAUGGAUCGCGUGUCGUGUAAGUCAUACGACGUGUUGUCCCGAAUGGAUAGAGCGCCCGAUUAUGAGGCGCUCAGCGAUGCGGUUGUGGAGUGCGGGCCGACGCCUGUCGCUACAGACGCCGCGAAUGACUGCCCAAAAGGACAGUUGUGUUUGUAUAACCUUCGGCACGAUCCGUGCGAAUACCAUAACCUUAUCGCCGAAACGGACCCGGAGUUCGUGCGAUUCCUAUGGAAUAAAUUGGUCACAUUUAACGGGACAUCAGUGCCGCCCCUGUCGCUCGUGCCACUCGAUCCUAGAGCCGACCCAAGCCUUCAUAAUAACCGGUGGACUAAUUGGUUGGACACCGGGGAACAGGCAGAUCAGGUGGACGGGAGUAUUGCCAACAAAGUGGAACUAUGAUACUGUAUGGGAACUGGCAAAUUGACCUAAAAACCAAUUGACCUAAACUUAAAUUACUUAAUGACCAAUAGACUUGACCAUUGUAAGGAUAGGUAAGGUUAGGUUAGGUCAAGAGCAACAUUUUACACUGGUCAUCAGGUAUAUUUAUCUACUGGUCAUUAAGUUAUUUAAGUUUAAGUCAAUUGGUUUUUAGGUCAAUAGACCCGCACCCUACUGUGGUUCUUAAAACUACACUUUGA